UGUCAUGUGAGAUGGUGGAAGUCAGAGAUUCCUGCGAUCCUGUCCUGUUAACUGGUGCGAACGGAAACGAAAGGGUCCCGCCCACUUCUUCCGCGAGCUUGCUGGUUGCAGCUAUCAUGGAAGAACUAGCUGAAGAUGACAUUGAUAUCCUGAACCAUGAAAAAGCAGACAGCAGACAAGAUGGACAAUUUCCUAUUCCAGUGUUUUCAGGAGAAGAAUCAGUUGCUUCACAUUUUGCCCUUGUCACUGCUUAUGAAGAUAUUAAAAAGCGUCUGAAAGAGACAGAAAGAGAAAAUUCUUUCUUAAAGAAAAGAAUAAGAUUGUUAGAAGAAAAGCUUCUUGAAUCCCAUUUGGAAGAAGCAACAGGUUCUGUGGGUCGUGAACAAGUUAACAAGGCUUAUCAAGCAUAUCGGGAAUCUUGUAUUGAACGAGAUAAUCUAAAAAGUCAGCUGGAUAAAACGAUGAAAGAGAAUACAGAAUAUGUGAAAAUCUUGAAUGAGCAGUUGCAGUCUAAAGAAGUAGAACUCUUACAGCUAAGAACAGAAGUGGAAACUCAACAAGUGAUGAAGAGUUUCAAUUCUAACCCAUCUAACUGGGAAAUAGACAGACUGAACAGUGAGCUGAAAAUGCACAAUUUGGAGCUGGAUUUGGAGAAAGAGAGAGAAGAAUGCAACUAUCUUAGGAAGGAAUUGCAAAAAUCUGUUGAAUCCCAAGGAAGUUUAAUAAAUGGAGAGUUUAUCCAACAGCAAAAUAUCCAUAGUGAACGUGUUCAGCAGGUAUACAGGGAACUGAAGAGGGAGAUGUCUAAUUUGCGUCUGGUGACUGAAGUGCAAGCUGAGAUGCUAAAGAAAGUGAUUCCAUCUACAACUAAGAAAGGGCCAUCCUAUACCUCUGUUCAGUGUGUUGAAGAUCUUGAAAGGGACGCUAACAACCUCCACUUAGAUGCUUCUGGAGCAAUAUGCAAAAAAAGAUUACUUCAAACAAGUGAUGAUGUUUUCAGUAAUCUUGCAUCUUCCUCACCAUGUACUAAUGAGAAAUUUAGCUCUGUAUGUGACUCUCCAUUUCUGGAACAUAACUCGUAUGGAAAAAAUUCUCUGGAAGAUAAUUCUUGGGUAUUUCCAAGCCCUCCAAAACCUAGUGAAACAGUAUUUUGGGAAAUGAAAAACAGAGUGACUCACUUAAACUUUCCAGGAAACAACUUGGAUCAGUAUAACCAAAACUGCUUGCAUAAGAGCCAAGAACAGUAGGAGGAACUUGAAAGUAGUCCUGAAUAUGGUCUUGUAUUUGUUAAUAGAAAAUAAGUAAUGGGGAGGAGUAUAAUGAACUUUCAAGUUGGAUGAGAUUUUCCCUGUUAUCUAAACUUGAAAAACAAUGAAUUCAAAAGAAUAUGGUGAAUGAUCUGUUAUAUCCUCAAUAUUCUGAUUGCACAUUGGCAGAUUUCUAAAAUAUUAAAUUGUGGAAUAAAACAGAAGCAACGUGGUAUGAAUAAUAUUGCUCCAAAGUACGUUACAUUCAAACAUUUUGACAGAUACGAGAAGGACUUAGUUUUUGGAUAAGUUCUGAUUUAAGCUCAGGUAAUUAAUAUAUUCAAUUCUGAAGCAGUCUCUGUUUUUUUUAUUAAUAGAUGAUAUGCGGAAAAGGAGCAAAUGAAUUGUGUAGAAAUUAUUUUCAUUCCUCUUUUUCAAUUUAUCAACUUAUCCUUGUUACCCUAUAAUGAAAAAAAUGGAAAUAGUGUAAAAUGGAAAAGUUUCUAAAUGCUGCAGUAAAAUAUUUCAUCACUUCACAAAUAAUAUCAUGUACUUAUUGCUUCCUGUAUUGAGGAUUUCCUGUCCAAAAUGCAAUAAUUGUUUUGAGGUGAAAUAUCCAGGCUCCUUAAUACAGCAUGGAAGAACUGUAACAUUCCAAAUAAUGUAAUCUUUCUGUGAUUUCACAUUUCUGAUAUUCUAUACUGAAGAAGAUGCAUUGAAAUAAUUUUACAUCCUUUCUAUCUCAUUUUAUUAGCAGUAAAUCUCAGUUGAAUUCUUAAACCCUCAAAUCAGUAGAGAUGUUUUUAUUAGCAUAUCAUUGGUUAGAUCUUCAACAGUAGUUUUAUGUAUCUGGUAUUUAAGAUGCAGAGGGGGGGGGGGGAAGGAUCUAACAAUAUAAUGAUGGACCAGCUGCAAGUUUUGUUUACUUCAUUGCUCAAAUCUCAUCUGGUCAUUUCCACAUGUACAAAUUCAUGUAUACUGCCAGUUCCCAUUUGUUUCUGAAUGUGUAUUUGAAACACGAAUAGAGAAAAGUAAAAUCUAUAGUGGAAGAAAUAAUUGUAUGUUUCUGAAAGAUAAAAACUUCCCAUAUGGUUGUGCAGAUGAGCAGCACGACCAUAUCAGCGUUAUCUUCCCUUCCCUUUCUUUGCAUUGCAUUUUGUAUAAUUCAGUACUGAUGCUUUCUUCCUUGUCAUUACUAAAGAGAAUAUAGUCUGUGGAGGGAAAUGAAAGUGUGGAGUUUUUUUCCUGUAUUAAUGAAUGGCAUACCUAAAUAAUGUUCAUCAGAUUUUUUUAAAGUCUCGUCUUGUUCACAUAUCCUACCUUGUCUGUGAUUAAUAGAAAUGGUGUCAGAUGCAGGAAUUUAUUUUGACCAAUGAACAUAACUGACUCAAGGGAGUACAAUCCUCCUGUAGAGUAAUAGAACAAGCCCCAAUAUGCAUAUAAUAAAUCUAAGCCACUGACCUCAGCUGAUAGAACCAACUACCUGUGUAAUAACAAAGUAGCAGCAACCAUUUCUCAUGUGGCUGCCUAGCUCUGAUGUUUUCAGGACUGCUUUUUUGGAUUACAGAUCCUUGAAUAGGUUACCAUUAUUCAACAUGCCAAGCUGCUUCAUGUUUUUAACAAUGCAUUGAGGAUACAGCCAUGUUUUUAAAUAAGUUAUUUUUGUUUGAAACAAUUGUGUGCAAAUUGGUAGAAACCUUUUUUUUAAAAAAAAUUGAAUGCUCUGAGCUGUAUAUUCACCUAUACUAAUUAGAAUCCUAAAUUAGAGCAAAUUCUGAUGCUGGCCAAAUUCUGUAAAUGAGUAGAAAACAAAUCCUGGAAUAGAUUUCAUUGUUAUAAUUAGGAAUGUAUAAACUUCCUUCAGUUUAGGAAUAUAGCAUUCUCUUUCCCUUUCAAAUCAAGAUAUUCUUGGGGUAGAAGGGCUUUAAGUUGAUUCUAACAUUUGAUUAUUUGAUUUAUAUAUUUAAAAUAACAUAAUCUUACUUAAAAUUUAUAUUUUUAAAGAGAUCAAAGUAGAAUACAUUAGAAAAGGAAGUGGGGGAAAAAGCAAAUAUAACUCCAGUACUAAAUAUCAGAGACUGGGUGAACCAUUUCUAAUCAGGGCUGUUGUGUUUUAUGAGCUGCUCUGAUAUACUGAAAUAAUGUUUUAAUCUCUUAAACUCCUUGAAGCAGAAACCUUGAAAGCCUAUAUUAAUGUAUUUUCUUAAAUGAUGGUUAAUUCUAGAUGGCUAAUUCAUAGAAAA